ACAAUUUGAGAGAAAUAAUAUUUUUGUGUGUAUGGAACAUUUCUGGGAUCUUUUACUUCAGUAGAAAGCCAGUAUGAGGUUUAGGCUCAGGCAAGAAUGAAAGGUCAGCGGGCACGUGGGAGUGAAAAUAUCUAUAGAGUUAAAAAAGUACUCUCACUCAAAACCGUGAAGAGGAUUAACCCAAGGAGUCCAAGAUGCAAAAAUAAUAUCAUGAAUUUAAUACAUGCUCGAAAGAAUACAAACGUGAAAGUGCAAGGAGCUAUAUAACAAAUAAAAAGGAAGGAGCAUACGUUUUGGUCUUAUGCCUUCAUCAAUGCUGUACAAACAAAUUAAGAAGACACACCUGAUGUGUGUAACAGGUGCAACAGGUGCAACAGGUGCAAGCAGAUAGUUAAUUAGAGACUGCCGAAUCCGGAGUCAAUGCAUAUUAACAAGGAAUAUAUAGAACAGUAUCAAAAAUGGACAAUUCAAAUGUCACAUAUAAUUGGAAAGAGACAAGAGUCUGGGCUACAUAGCAAUAUCAGAAGCAAUAGAUAUGAAAUACUGGGGGAGACUGCUGGUGCAUGUAGACAACACUACUGGAAACAUACAAGGUCCAAUUCCUCAUUAAGCCCUUUGGGGUGUAUAGUUUUUAAGUAGAAGAUCCAUCUUGCUUCCCACUGGAGGCGCUCAUCCGUAUUGCGGCAUCUUCCAAACAUGGUCAAUGGCACCGAACUUAAGAUCAGUCACAGAAUGAUUAGGCCCAUGAAAAUGUCUGGCCACUGGUGAUUUUAAGUAAUUUCUUCAGAUAGCACUGCAUUGCUCGUUGAUGCGUAACUGUAGUUGUCUGAGCGUAAUACAACUGUAUGGACAAGACAGUAGAUGCACUACAUUGUUAGAUUGACAUGUAAUUAAUCUAUUGAUGGUCUAUUCUUUAUUUGUGAUGAAAGAUCUGAACGUGUGGCACUUUUUAAUACCUGUACAGGCCGCAGGCCUUUAUUUCAGCUCAUGAAACCUGGGACCAACACUUUACAUGUUGCCUAUACAUUUUUGUUCAGUGUACAAUCAUUUAGGAUCUACAUCAUUCACUUGUUUGAAUGCCAUUGUUUUCCAGUUAUGAGCAUUUUAUUCUCAUUGUUUGUCACUAAAACUUCCCCAACCCCUGUGCUUUGCCUCUUCCAUGGUAAGCUGCUAAGUGGCUGGUACCCAGGGCUUCCCUACUGCUGUGUAGUUUAUCGGUUACAGUAUGGAAGGCAGUGGCACUGGAUGGACUGGAGGUCUGCUGCCCUCUGUAGGCGAAGAGGCAACUAAGGAGCACUCAGUCUUUGAGGUGGCUGUCCAGAACAGCUUGGCCAACCACAGCUCCCUGUUUGCAGACGUGGCUCUGCUGCAGAGCUUCAAGCUGCUCAUUAUCCCAUGCUACGCCCUGGUGGUGGUGGUGGGUGUGUUGGGGAACUACUUGCUGCUCUACGUAAUCUGCGGCACCCGCAAGAUGCACAAUGUCUCCAACUUCUUCAUCGGGAAUCUGGCCUUCUCAGACAUGCUGAUGUGUGUGACCUGUGUACCAUUCACCCUGGCCUAUGCCUUCAACCCCCGUGGCUGGGUGUUUGGAAGGUUUAUGUGCUACCUGGUGUUCCUGAUCCAGCCAGUCACAGUUUACGUGUCUGUCUUCACCCUCACCGCCAUUGCUGUCGACAGGUACUAUGCCACUGUGCAUCCUCUGAAGAAGCGCACCUCGGUGGCCACCUGUGCCUAUGUGCUGUCAGGGAUCUGGCUGCUGUCCUGUGGUCUGGUGGCUCCAGCUGUGGCCCACACCUACCACGUGGAAUUCAGAGAGGAGGGCCUCACCAUCUGUGAGGAGUUCUGGCUGGGGCAAGAGAAGGAGAGGCUAGCCUACGCCUAUAGCACCUUGCUGGUUACCUACGUCCUGCCACUCUCUGCCGUCUGUGUCUCCUACCUCUGCAUCUCUGUCAAGCUGAGGAACUGUGUGGCACCGGGACAUCGGACCCGGGACCAGGCAGAGGCGCAGCGAGCCCGGAAGCGGAAGAUCUUCCGUCUGGUUGCGCUGGUUGUGGCGGCCUUUGGGGUGUGCUGGCUGCCCAUUCACGUGUUCAACGUAUUGCGUGACAUCGACAUCCGCCUCAUCAACAAGCGCCACUUCCUGCUCAUCCAACUAAUGUGCCAUCUGUGUGCCAUGAGCUCGUCCUGCUGUAACCCCUUCCUGUACGCCUGGCUGCACGACCGCUUCCGCGCCGAGCUGAGGAAGAUGUUCACCUGCCACCGCCGCAUCGGCAUCCCUGCCAACCACUGUGCUACAGCCAGCGUGGCCCUGUGACUGUGCAGGGACAAGGAGAUAGAAGAGACAGAAGAUAUCUGAUACCAGUGUAAACAUGUUGUAGGUCCAAUUUUCUGAUUAUUUGCUAUUGACCUAAUGUGGACAUGACAAGAGUUAAUUGUGACUUACAGCUGAUUACAGAGAUAUUAGGUGGUUCCCUAGUCAUUUUUCGAUGAACAAAUCAAUUGAACAUGCAUGAGGUGAUUGCCUGGAAAGAAUGAAUGAACUGAUUGAAUGCCAAUAAUAUGAAGGUAACACAAGAGAGAAAAAAGCAAGAGAAAGAAUAAAAGGAGAGGGAAGGAGAAAGAGGAGGCGAGGUGACAGGACCACCAAACAAAUGUUAUUUAGAAGGCCAUUUUGCACAGCCACAGUCAAUGUUUAACACCAAGAAACAUCAGCAAGCAGGAGAUUCAUCUGCCAAAAAUGAGAGGUUUGGUGGAUAAUUUCAAGGCACUGGUCACACAAUAGUUGCUUCUACAUACGCGAUAUCCCCCAUAACUCCAGAUGAACAGUUGUCUGCUGAGGUUAGAGGGUAGUAGUUGUCCCACCUAGCUAUCUUAAGAUUAAUGCACUAACUGUAGGUCGCUCUGGAUGAGAGCGUCUGCUAAAUGACUAAAAUGUCAAUGUAAAUAGUCAAUGCAGGUUUGGUCCCCAGACUGUUGUUUGGCAGUGGAUGACAUGCUUAAUGACAUGAAUACAGAUAUAAUCUCGGUCUCCACUCUGUGAAUAAACAUGCUUAAUAAAACAGUAGGUGGUGUUUGUUCCCCCAUGGUUACAUCCCUAUUUUUAUUGUAGUCUUAUCAGUCUGUUACCCAUCUUUGUCUCUGGGGAACGUACACCGCUUCUGAAAAUAGUCAUUUAGAAUUGUUUGCUAACCGAGUGGCGCAGCGGUCUAAGGCACUGCAUCGCGGUAUUGUGGCAUCACUACAGCCGGGGUUAUAUCCCAGGCUGUGUCACAACCGGUCGUGACCGGGAGUCCCAUAGGACUGCGUACAAUUAGCCAAGCGUCGUCCGGGUUAGAGGAGGGUUUGGACGGGGGCGGGGGGGGGCUUUACUCAUUGCGCUCUAUUGACCCCUUGUGGCCGGCCGGGCGCCUGCAGGCUGACCACGGUCGUCAGUUGAACGGUGUUUCCUCCGACACAUUGGUGCAACUGGCUUCC